UCCCUGUCUCAACUCUGAUGGCACUGACCCUGGAGUGCUGAGGAUCUGCCCUGAGAAGGUGUCUGUGGCACCUAUUCACUGAGGAUAUAACCUGGUGAUGCCUUGAUCGCAUACGGAAGCGUCUGUAUUGUGGAGCAAAUCAACACCGAAUCACUGGACCAGUUUGCCAGCAUUCCAGACAGCGUCAUCAGUCCCUAGCCCAGCCACCCUACGGUAGGUACACCAGCUCAGAACAAGCACACAUCUCUCCAUCAUGGCUGCCACCUGGACCCUGGAGGACGACAUGUCCUGCCCUGUGUGCUGCGAUGUUUUCACUGACCCUGUGGUGCUGGGCUGCAGCCACAGCUUCUGCAGGAGCUGCCUGGACAACUACUGGAACACUCAGGUCAUCAAAAAGUGCCCCGUCUGCCGCAAACAUUCCCUAACCGACGCUCCACCCAGUAACCUGGCUCUGAGGAACAUCGUGGAGACCUUAGCGAGGGAGAGGAGCCACAAUACCACCAAGCAGGAUGAGACGAGAGAGGGGGAGAAGGAGAGCCAGGGAAGGAGGGAGUCAGGAGGGAGGAGUGGGUUGGUACCGGAUGAGGAUGAAAAGUGCAGUCACCAUGGGAAGAGGUUGUUGUUGUUCUGUGUGGAGGACCAGGAGGCUCUGUGUGCGGUGUGUCAGACCUCCAGGAGACACAGGACUCAUCAGCUCUGCCCUGUGGAUGAAGCUGCUCAGGAACUCAAGGAGGAAGUGAAAGCAUCUAUCAUCCCUCUGAGGAGGAAGUUGGAAACAUUCCAAAAGUUGAAGGAGGAUUGCAUGAAAACAGCAGAACACAUCAAGAGCCAGGCCAAGCAAGCAGAAAGGAAGAUAAGAGAUGAGUUUGUGGCACUGCAUCAAUUCCUGCGCCUGGAGGAAGUUGCCCGGCUGUCUGCCCUCUCUGAGGAAGUGGACAUAAAGACAGUUAUAAUGGCAGAGAAGAUUGAACACCUGGCCAAGAAGAUGACCUCCUUGACCAGCAACAUCAGAGAGAUAGAACAGGAUAUAGACGCAAACGACCUUCCAUUUCUCCAGGCUUACAAGAACAACAAAGCAAGGGCCAACUGUACAUUGCAGGAUCCAGAGCCUGUGUCAGGGGCAUUGAUCGAUAUGGCCCAACACCUGGGCAACCUAAGGUUCAAGAUCUGGGAGAAGAUGCAGGAGAAAGUGCAAUACACCCCAGUGACUAUGGACCCCAACACCGCGGCCCCCUGGCUAUCUCUCUCAGACGACCUGACCAGUGUGUGCGUCAGUGGAGAGAAGCCUCACGUCCCCAACAACCCAGAGCGCUGUGACACGUGUGUUUGCGUGCUGGGGGCCGACCCCUUCAGUUCCGGCAGUCACUGUUGGGAGGUGGAGGUGGCGGGUAAGACCAGAUGGGACCUGGGGGUCCUGAGAGAGAGUGUGAGUAGGAAAGGGGUCCUAAGUGUGAACCCUGCCCACGGGUUCUGGGCCCUGUCCCUGAGGGACGGCGGCCAGUACAGCGCCUGCACCAGGCCCUGGACCCGUCUCACUCUGAAGAGGAGGCCCAGGAGGGUCAGAGUGUUUCUGGACUAUGAUGCGGGAGAGGUGACUUUCUAUGACCCAUCUGACAUGUCACUCAUCUAUACAUUCAGGGACAAGUUUAAAGAGCCAUUGUUGCCCUACCUCUGUCCCUGUGUGAGUGACAGCGGCCGCAAUGCUGAGCCACUAAAGAUAUGCCCUGCCAAAGUCUCAUUGGUUCAUGAUGUUGGUGAUAAAGUUUUGUAGAUUACAAUAUGUCUUUUUUUUAGAGGAGACAUUGCUAAAGCAUCCAUAUGUUUCACUUUCUAUUAUUAACACAAUGGAUGUAUAUUUUAUAUAUUGAUGUAUAUUUUAUAUAUUGAUGUAUAUUUUAUAUAUUGAUGUAUAUUUUAUAUAUGGAUGUAUAUGUGAACGGAACAAUUAUUGUCCUAUAUAAUAUCAUAAGUCAUAUUUUCUUGGCGUGUGUCAAAUGGAAAGAUAAACAAAAAAUGUGAUGAU